AUGGGUGUCCCCUUCGAAGCUCUGAUCCCCUAUGGGAUUAUGCUGGCUAUGUUCGGCGUAUCCGGCGCAGCGCUUUCAAAAAUCAGACACAUGCAGAACGGAGACAAGAGGCCGCGACAUUCGCUGGAUGCGUGGGAUAAGCAGAUGAUGGACCGAGACAGGCGACUCACCGGCUUCUUGCGAGGACAAUCAGACACAGUGCGGGCGCCGGCAGGCUUCGAGCUCAGCAAUCCUUGGAGGAUGGAGCCUACAAUGACAUAG